GUUUUGGGUUUUGCUGAAACAAGAUUUGGAGUUUAGUUAUGGAGGCCGAUUCUACUGUGGUGAUCAAGGUUACAUAUGGCGAAAUAAUGAGGCGAUUUAGGACUCGUGUAAUCGACGGUGAAGUAAACCUAACUGUUGACGGACUCCGAAGCCUAAUCUUUUCCCUAUUCGGGUUUUCACCCGACACGGAAAUAACGGUCACUUACAUAGACGAAGAUGGUGAUGUGGCGACUAUUGUCGAUUUUAUCGAUCUUCGUGAUGCGGUGAUGCAGGGUUUGAACCCCAUCAGAUUCACUGUCACUAAGCUGAUUCACGAAAACGAUUCGAUGAAGAUCAACUCGAGCAUCAGUUUCAACCCCUCGAGUUCACCUCUUGAAAAUAUCGAUGCGGUUAAGUUCGAUUCGAGUCAGAGUUUUAAUCCGAAAGAAAAAAUGGAGAAGCUCAUCGAAGAUUUGUCGUUUAAAGCAGAGAUUACUGAAUCGAAAACGCGUCCUAUUACUAAUAGUGAUGCGGUUAAGUUCGAUUCGAGUCGGAGUUUUAAUCCGAAAGAAAAAAUGGAGAAGCUCAUCGAAGAUUUGUCGUUUAAAGCAGAGAUUACUGAAUCGAUAACGCGUCCUAUUACUAAUAGUGAUUUUUUAGCUUCUGCUUCGGCUUCGCCUUCAGCUUCAGCUUCUGCUUCUGCUUCUGCUUCUGCUUCUGCUUUUGAGAAGGUUCUAAAUGAGUCUGAUUAUCCUGAUACAUAUUCUUAUCCGGUUUAUGGAUUACCUAGUGGAAGUAGUAGUUUCUCGCGUUGGAGUUGGAGUCCUUUUUGUGAUGUUUGUGGGAUCAACGAGAAAUCUACGUACGGGGUCAAUUCGACGGGAAUCUGCACCGCCUGCUUCUUGGUAUUUGAAAGCCGCAUCGACAGGUUGGAGGCCAUGGAAUUCACCAAACCCAAGCUCCAGAGUUUUUGCGUUGAAGAUGUGAAUUUAGUGGAAGGUUGUAGCGUGCCGCCUUCGACUCGUUUAACAAAGAUAUGGAAGAUGAGAAACAACGGUUUUACUGCAUGGCCCGAGAAAACACGAAUAGCUUGGAUCGGCGGAACUGCAUUCACUAGUCAAACUUCUUUCGAAGUGAAGAUUCCUGCAAACGGUUUGAUGGUGGACGAGGAUCUCGAUAUCUCCGUCGAUUUCACUUCUCCCGAAUUUCCGGGCUACUACACGUCGUUCUGGGUAUUGAUGUCACCCUCAUACGAACGGUUCGGACAAGUUAUAUCUAUUUAUAUCAAGGUUGAUGAUGCGUUAAGAAUUCCAACUGCGAAAGCAAAGCGAGUUGUGGGAGAUAGCCUUGAGCAGCCUGGCAACUCCAAAAAGGGAGUGGAAGUAGUGGAAAACGGUUACGGUGGUUUUCAUCUGACGGCGGACGGUAGACUAGCAAGGGUCGAAACGUACGCACCCGGUGUUGAAAUAACUCUCACCUCGUUACCGGAUGGUGCCAGUCGUAUCGAACGAAUUCGUUUUAGCGAGAAACUCUUUUCGCCUCGACAGGCAGAUAAGUGGUGGGAAGAAAAUAAAACGAGUGUAUAUGAGGUGUACAACGUCAUAUGAGUGCACUCGAAACUCGGGGUUUUUUUUUUUUUUUUUGGCUUAAUAACUAUUAUUUGAUGACUAUUAUCACUUAUAAUUCUAAGUUUACUGAACGUACUCUUUUUCUU